UGCGCGGUGACUACGCGCAUAUGCAGCCAGCGGCUCUCCGUCAUCCGUCCGUUAUUCUCAGCGACACACAGACGCUCAGGACCAGCCGGGAUUCCUCUGUUAUGCAGCAUCGGCCGUGUGGUCGGGAUGGAGCUGGCCCGAAUAAUUGUCUAAAAUAAGGGAAACUGCUCACGGAGAACAAGAUGGUGUCGUGGAUCAUCUCGCGGAUGGUGGUCCUAGCCUUUGGGACCCUCUACCCAGCCUAUUCGUCCUAUAAAGCUGUGAAGACGAAAAACGUCAAGGAGUAUGUGAAAUGGAUGAUGUACUGGAUAGUGUUUGCACUUUUUACAACAGCAGAGACCAUCACAGAUAUGCUCCUCUCCUGGUUCCCAUUUUAUUUUGAGCUGAAAAUUGCCUUUGUUAUUUGGCUGUUGUCCCCGUACACAAAGGGCUCCAGCGUGCUGUACCGCAAGUUUGUGCACCCCACGCUCUCCAAUAAAGAAAAGGAAAUUGAUGAGUACAUAACCCAGGCUAAAGACCGCAGUUAUGACACCAUGAUGCGGUUCGGGAAGAGAGGCCUUAACAUCGCAGCCACUGCAGCAGUCACCGCUGCCACUAAGGGUCAGGAUGUGUUAUCAGAAAAACUGCGCAGUUUCAGCAUGCAGGAUCUGACUCUCAUUCAGAAUGAAGACGAGCUGCUGCUGGACGGCACAGAUGACACGCACAUCGCAGCCACGCUGCCGCGUGCUAAACCAGCCACACGCACAGUUCGUGCGACGGCCAUACCGGCAGACAGCGAAUCGCAACCCAGCUCUCGCUCGGAUGACAUACCAGAUAACCGGACCGAGCAUUCAGAUGAGGACGCAGUGGAUAAAGCCCCUAAACGCACUCAAAGCGUCAGAGCUGCCAAGAAACCAGCAGCUGCCAAGACAGAGCAGACCACCAAGACAGUGAAGAAACAGCCAAAGAAGAAAGUGAUCACCACGGCCAACAACACUGAAGCGCAGUAGUGUUCAUUCUUACCUGAGCAACGCAUACGACGCUUUUCCAUGCUAACAUCCCAAACUAUGCUUUUUACUUUCGAGGCCACUUACUAACACGUAAGAUGCAUCGCCUGGAGCGGUUUUCUAUUUAGGUUAAAUACAGCGUGUUCAUUUAGACCGCAGCAUUCCCAGUUCCCUUGUUCCAAAAGCCCAUUUUCAAAGCUUCACCUGUCUACUGUAAGCGUGCACACUUCUGUGCGUCCAAGAGGAAUGCUGGGUCAUAUCUUUUUUUGUUCUCCAUAGGCCUUAACAUUAGCGGCCAUCUCUAUAAAGCAUGAGAACAAAAUCAGUGCCUGCACAUAAUCAUAUACAUAAACACGCUCCAUUCCAGGCCAUAACUCCACGGUUUCCAUUGUAAAGGACGGUUUUGUUUUUAGCAUGUAGGACACACACUAUGAGACGAACAUGAAAUGGGACAAAAAAUUAGGCUAUUAAAGGGUUCGAAAUGGGGAUUGAAAAAGGAGAUGGAAAAGCUUGACUUUAACAGAAGAUCAGCCUCUGAUCGCUCAGAGCUUUUGUUUUUAGUCAGGUCGUAAUACAUCAGUAACCUGUGGCUUGUUUUGAAUAUUUAUGCCCGGGGAAGUCAGAUCUCAACUGGAGGCUACAGACUCUCGAAAGGCUCUUGAUAUUAAUAGUGCUUUUGUCAGCGAGAGCUGGUGGUGUUCAGCUUACACAAUGGCUCCCGUUUGAUGGCUUGUGAAUAUUAUGUUAGAGGUGUAUGAUGUUACCUCCACUUGUUUAAGACAUUACAAAAAUCUAAAAGUACAUAAUAAGACAUAGCAUUAGGUGAAGCAGUCUGCAUUAGAUCACAGAGGCAGUCAGAAUUUGUACGUCAGAUAUCUGGUGUUUUGGUAACAGGAGUUGCAUGUUGGCUAGUGAAGAACAAGAUGUUUUUGUUUGGCGUUCACUGCCUCUUGAAGACGAAGUCACACGGUCUGUGUUUUCAGUGUCUCAAUGAAAAGCUCGCACUGUUGUAAUUUCACAGACUUAUUCGAUGGCCUUUUUCUCUUUGUUUUUUUUCUGUCUGUACUAUUGUGCUGUGAACUGACUCACUGGGUUAAACACCAACUCCCAGUUAAUGUCUUGGAAAAAAUGUCACCACCUUCAACAUCAACCUUCAAAUUCCAAGACAUUAUUUGAAACCAUCUUAACGGUGCUUUUAGAGUAGAUGCUGGCCCAAACUUUUGUUUCAAUUUUUUUUUAAAGAAAAUUUGGAAUGUGUUUUUUUAGGGGGAACGCAGUGUAUCUUUAAUGGCACUAUUGCCUCUCCGAACCUGUGACCUGGGUUUGUGUAAUACAUCAUUUAGCCCUAAAUCUAGAUGUGGGCAGAUGUGUCUCCCAACACAGCAUGUUCAGGAAAGAUUUGGGGUUUGUUGUGAAGGUAUUUUAAAAUGCAACUUCAAGGAGCACUGGUAGGGGGCAGCAGUACAAGAAGAGUCCAGGUACCUAAAUAGACAAUAUUCAUUUGUAUUAUAAUAGAGACUGUAAAAUACGUCUGCCUUACUCAGAUUAAGUUAUACAUAUUUAUUUCUUGAGGUUUACAUUUAAUUUGUCACUUGCGUAGGGUUGUAUGUUUAAAACGCUUUUAAUUUCUUGUAAAAAGUGACAUUUUGUGCAUAUUGGUGGACUUUUAAUUUACAAUGGUUUGUCUAUUGUCUCGCCUUUGUGUUUUUUGUACGGUUAUAGAGACUUAUCUGGUCUUAAAAGAAAGAAAAAGGGACAGCUGUGUGAGUGACACGGUGAACAUUCCUCAGUCUUGUAGAUAAUGCCUAGCGGAUAGAUGUUUCUGUAUGAACUCCGUUAAGAAAUAACAUGCAAGGCAGAUCAGUAGUGACACACUAUCUUAUUCAUUAUGAUCAGUACUGAUUGUCAUUUCUGCUUUUUACUCUCCUGAGUAGUUUACUUUCCUUUUAAACAAAGAAACUUUUUACUUGAAGGUUUUUCUUUUAAUUAAAUUCUAUUGUGAUUGACACUCGACAACUCACACAAACAUGUCAAGUCAGAUUCACUCUUUUCUUUUGCCUUGUCUAUACUGUUUUUCACCCCUGUCAUGUCUUCUUUGCAUAACCGAAAAUGACAGUAAUUUGUGUUUUGAAUUCAAGGCCCUAGACGGAGUCAGAUGAAAUGAAUUGAACAUAUUCAGUUUCUUUUGUUUGUUUGUUUUACUGUAGUUUAUUGAAAAUUGGUUUUAUUUUAACCUAUAUUCAGAUUCAACUGGGAGAGAAUAGUGAACAUUAAUAUUCUGUUUGUGCCAAUUCUCAAUAUAUUAAAAGAAUGAAAAAAGACAUUGCUGCUAAGUGUGUACUAACUGAAAUUAAAUUAUUACUCAAUAAAAAUCCAAUUACAUCA